AUGGCCGAUCAAUCGCCUCCUCUCCUUCGUCCCCGUCCUCGUCGUCCGUUCGAACUCACACCCAUGUCGUCGACCGCUGACAACUCUCCCAAUGGCCGUGGCACUCCGGACCCCCAAUCCCCUGGAGCCGACGAGUCAGGCCUUCCGCCCUCUCGUACCCGCUCCUUCCUCAACCUGACAACCUCCACCCUCUUCGGCAUCUACUCUCCCGCUGGCUAUGCACCCGACCGCGAUGAGACACCCUGGGGCACGGGUGCUCAGACACCCAUCGACAGCAAGGGCAUGAACAUGGCUGAUAUUGACGGCAACGUCGACGACGCUCUGAUGAUGAGAAGCAAGAAGAGACGAGGCAGCAUGCUCGAGGCCUCGACACGGCGUGUCCAACGGCCCAAGAAGAAGACAUUCACCAACUGGUUCCUGCCCAUGGUCGGCAAGAAUGUCGUCUUGGGUCUCGCUGGCAUUGCAUAUGGUCAAUUGAUUGCACAUUUGCAUGACAGACAGACUCUGGUGCCUGUGCAGGUCGAAGGCAUGCCCUCGGGUUCGUGGGCGUAUAUUGCCUACUGGUGUUUCAGUGGUGUUGCUCUGGGUCAGGCGCUGCCCUGGGUUGACUCGAUCUGGAUGAGCGACGGUAGUGGUGAGACUGAGGCCGACAGGGAGUACAGGACUUCCGGAAACUUGCGCAGUGCUCAGGACUCGCAUACCCGCAGCCAGAGCUGGACUCCCGGUUGGAACGAGGUUGUCAGAUUCAUUGGUGCCGCCGUGGGCAUUGUCUUUGCUAUCGUAAGUUGCUCUUGCGUUUUUCGUUUUCCCUACUUGAUAUCAAUUGCUAACGCCUCCACAGCGUCGUCUUCCUGGCAAUCACCUCUCCAACUCAGCCUCACCCUCGCCCUCGCAAACCCAGCCAUCUGGUACCUCCUCGACCGCACAGGCCCCUGCUUCAUCCUCGCUACCACUGUCGCCCUCACUGGCACUGGCCUCCUUCUCUCCAUCAACCCCGACCUGAUACCCUCACCCCAUACGGCAAACAUCCACUCCUUUUCAAGCGUAGCCAACGCAACGGCAAAUGCAAUCCGAGGACAAGAUCUGGUGCUUGGAACCUUCACCAUGGAAAGUGUGGGCGUUGCUACUUGGAUUGCUAGUGUUCUGUUUGUCAGCGCCGUCGCUUUUGGAAACAUUGGUCGUAGACUGUAA